AUGACUGCGAAUCAUUCUGCCACGACCAACAAUAAUCAUGCAGUAGUGCCAACCGAUAAGCAUAGAAGAAAACGCCUCAAGGUCGUAAGCGCAUGUCUCGAAUGUCGUCGCAAAAAGACAAAGUGUAAUGGUGAAACACCAUGUGCUGGUUGUAUUAAAGCUAAAGUGGAUUGCAAGUAUGUGACCACCUUGCAACAACAACAGCAGCAUGUAACCCGAUCUCGGUCGGCAGCGGCACCUGUGGCUCGCCACCAACAACAACAACAUCCAUCGCAUCGGCAACGACAUCAUACGACGGCAACAACAACAUCAUCCAUGGCAGCAGCCAAUACAUCUUCUGGUUCUAAUAAUAAUACCACAACGACGCAUGCCAAUCGAGCCACCGUCAAUGCUAUUGAGCAAAGGCUUACUGUGAUUGAAGACAUCUUGCGUGCUCUCUUAAAAGAUCGUGCUGCUACUACUGCUACUACUCCUGCUGCUGUUGCUGCUUCAUCUACCACUGCUCAAGGCUAUUUUGCCCAUUCUCAUCCAUCACUUCAGUCGUCUUACACGGCAUCGAUGCAUCAUGCUUCUCAUGUCCAUAAUUGGUAUCCAACACGGGAUUGGGUUUAUACCUCCUCCCCAUCUUCCAGCUCCUCAACAUUCUCCUCGGCAUCGUCAGCUCCACCACAACCACCAACUUCGGCAUUUCACUUGCCGCCUUUACGUCAACAUCAACCUUCACCUCCUUCAUCUUCUUCAUCGGCACCACAGUCGUCCACUUCGAUCCGCAGCCUCUUGAACGACAAUGAUGAUUUGCCUACUCCACCUCCUACAGCCACCUUUUUCGAAAAGGAAGCACCUGUAUCAAUUGGAACACGCCAAUACGCCGAGUAUUAUAUGACGCCUUGA